AGCGGUCUAUCACCAAUUCACUAUUCACCCGAAUCACCCCUCAUUCUCAACCAAUUCCCUUUUCUUUGUAUUCUGCAUUUCUGCUUCUCCCGUUUCGAACACUCUCUCUCCUAACCGCUCACCACAGUUUGCCGGCCAUUUGACGAUUCAGACGACCACGACGGUUUUCUAUUCACUAAGACCAAUUCAAUUCUCAACUUCAGUCUUCUUUUGUCUUGGGUUUUUGUCCAGAGUUUUAUGUUUAAGUAGACCAUUUGAGCUGACGGUGUGUAUGAACGUGGUGUGAUUCGGGGGGAAGAACUAUGACAACCAUUCGUAAAUUCUGCUGCAAUGAUCUUCUUCGCUUUUCUUCUGUAAAUUUGGAUCAUCUAACUGAAACUUUUAACAUGUCAUUCUACAUGACGUACUUGGCUAGAUGGCCGGACUAUUUCCAUGUGGCCGAAGCUCCUGGCAACCGAAUUAUGGGCUACAUUAUGGGAAAAGUUGAAGGCCAGGGUGAGUCUUGGCAUGGUCAUGUUACAGCAGUAAGUGUUGCACCAGAGUAUCGCCGGCAACAAUUAGCCAAAAAGCUGAUGAAUUUACUGGAAGAUAUUAGUGACAAGAUUGAUAAGGCUUUCUUUGUUGACCUAUUUGUGCGGGCAUCAAAUGUACCAGCUAUAAAGAUGUAUGAAAAGCUUGGUUACGUGAUAUACAGACGAGUUUUACGCUACUAUUCUGGUGAAGAAGAUGGACUAGAUAUGCGGAAAGCCUUAUCCAGGGAUGUUGAGAAGAAAUCCGUAAUUCCUCUUAAAAGGCCCAUAACACCUGAUGAACUGGAGUAUGAUUAGUGAUUCUGUAUCUCAUUUUGAGAAUGACAAUGGAGGCAUGCGAAGUUUGUUUGAAGGACUCAGAAUAUUUUUUUUUAAAUGUAAUUGUAAAAUCUUUACUUCUUCGUUUGUUGGAGUAGGUCAACAUUACUGAAACUUAUGCUCCUGGUGGAAAUUCUGCGACUACACUGUUGUAUGGGCAAAUUGUUACAUAGUUGUAGUUGUACUUUGGUUAUACUGCUGGGGCUGCUGCCUAUCUAUUUCCUCCACAAAACAGCAACAAAGAUUGGGCUUGUUGUGAUUA